AUGCAGAGUACCCGGUACAUCGCCCACCCGGGUCGCCACCACCAAAUCCCAAGUGCCCUGUACCUGUCCGCUUCCGGUGCUCCCCCCCGGGGAGAAGGACGGGAUUUUCAUCGACUCAUCAUCCUUGCCGCCACCGUGGGGAGGGGGCAAGCCAUGACGAUACUGACACUGCUGGCGGGGGCCAUCUUACUAAAUUACGCUCCCCGGCCCAAGCCUGCAAGGUCUGCCGGAUAG